ACAUGGCAGGCGUGGGCACGUACCAUCCUCCCACAAAGGGCAGCCAAUGAGAACAGUAACACAGUGCAACACAAUGAGUUUUGGUUAACUAAGAAUGAUGUUCCUCUCUGAGAUCUCUUCUGAUGGUUCUAGGACAUCCCUAAGAUUUAGAGAGCAGUGUGGAGUGGCUUUAAGAUUCAUUCAAGAACAGAACAACUUGGCUCUCUGCUCCUCCUGUUCAUCAGACAGCCGCAUCUUCCCGCGCAGUACCAGCCGCAACCCAGUGACACGAUGGUGAAGGUCGGAGUGAACAGAUUUGGCCGUAUUGGGCACCUGGUCACCAGGGCUGCUUUUAACUCUGGCAAAGUGGAUAUUGUCGCCAUCAAUGACCCCUUCAUUGACCUCAACUACAUGGUCUACAUGUUCCAGUAUGACUCUACUCAUGGCAAGUUCAAAGGCACAGUCAAGGCUGAGAACGGGAAGCCUGUCAUCAAUGGAAAGUCCAUCUCCAUCUUCCAGGAGCGAGAUCCCGCCAACAUCAAAUGGGGUGAUGCUGGUGCUGAGUAUGUUGUGGAGUCCACCAGCGUCUUCACUACCAUGGAGAAGGCUGGGGCUCACUUGAAGGGUGGAGCCAAGAGGGUCAUCAUUUCUGCCCCUUCUGCGGAUGCCCCUAUGUUUGUGAUGGGUGUGAACCAUGACAAGUAUGACAACUACCUCAAGAUUGUCAGCAAUGCCUCCUGCACCACCAACUGCUUGGCCCCUCUGGCCAAGGUCAUCCAUGACAACUUCGGCAUUGUGGAGGGACUCGUGACCACAGUCCAUGCCAUCACUGCCACCCAGAAGACUGUGGAUGGUCCCUCUGGGAAGCUGUGGCAUGAUGGCUGAGGGGCUGCCCAGAACAUUAUCCUUGCUUCUACUGGAGCUACCAAGGCUGUGGGCAAGGUCAUCCCUGAGCUGAAUGGGAAGCUCACUGGCAUGGCCUUCCAUGUCCCCACCCCCAACAUGUCAGUUGUGGAUCUGACAUGCCGCCUGGAGAAAGCUGCCAAAUACAAUGACAUCAAGAAGGUAGUGAAGCAGGCAUCAGAGGGCCCCCUCAAGGGCAUCCUGGGCUAUACUGAGGACCAGGUUGUCUCCUGCGACUUUAACAGUGACACCCACUCCUCCACCUUUGAUGCUGGGGCUGGCAUUGCCCUCAAUGACCACUUUGUCAAGCUCGUUUCCUGGUAUGACAAUGAAUUUGGCUAUAGCAACAGGGUGGUGGACCUUAAGGUCCACAUGGCCUCCAAGGAGUGAGAGCCCCCUGGACCACCAGCCCCAGCGAGAGGAAGAGAGGCCCUCAGCUGCUGGGAAGUUCUUGCCCCAAAUCGAUCCCCCAACACACAAUCUCCUGACCUCCACAGUUUCCAUCCCAGACCCCCUAAAGAAGGGGAGGGGGCUUAGGGAGCCCUACCUUGCCCUGCACCAUCAAUAAAGUUCACUGUACCAAAAAAAAAAAAAAAAA